AUGUAUAGUAUAUGUAAAAAUGCCAAAUAUGAUAAAUUGCUUAUUGAACAGAGUUCUAAGGAUGGUAAAUGUACCUAUUAUUUUUCAUCUUUGCUGACGACGAAAACCACGUCAAAUCAAAUCGUUGAGGAUGUACAGAAAUCGCUAUUUGUGCCAGGGUAUUACAAAAUAUAUUGUGGCUGUGAUGGCUUGUUUAUAAUUGGGAUUGGGCAGGGUGAGGAUUCAAUAUGUUGGCUAUGGAAUCCUUCGACAAGAGAAUCAAUACCACUCCCACCACAUCAGAAGAAGUUUUUCGAUAUUUCUUAUAGCGAGUAUUCAGUUUAUGGAUUGGGAUAUGACCCAACUAGUGAUGACUAUAAGGUCUUCAAGGUUCCUGAGGAGGAUGAAGACGCACCCAAUGAAAUUCUCUCACUAAAAACUGGUUCCUGGAGAAAAAUUUUUGUUGGUAGAUGUUGUAUCGAAUCCUUUGGUAUGGACUAUUUGGCAUUUCUACAAGGAACAUUUCAUUGGUUAUCUUAUUUAGGAUGUGGGAUGAGUAUGAUUACAUUUAAUAUUUCAAAUGAGGUGUUCGGAGAGUUACCAUUGCCAGGGGAAAUGCGCUUCAACGGUCACAUCGACCAAGGUGUAGCAGUGUUGGGUGGAAUGCUAAGUGUGAAUUAUUUUGGAGAAAAGGAGAGUAAUACUAUUUUUGAUUUGUGGGUAAUGAAAGACUAUGGUGUGAAAGAAUCUUGGACUAAAUUAUUUUCCAUGGUAGAUACGAGGGCUCUUCAUGAAAUCAUGCAAAUCGUUCCGAAAUAUAUAUUUGAAGAUGGUGAAGUGUUACUCGGCUCCGAUAGAAGAACUGCUUUUAGGACAUUCAAAGAAUCACACGGAACAAGCAGUCUAAUAGGGCCUCUAGUUGGUGAUGAAGAUAUCUUUGAGUGGGAUGGAUUUGCUUACACAGAAAGUUUGAUCUCCCCAAAAGAUUGUGUUCUUGCUUAG